AUGUCGAACCAGACCCUACCCGUCCCGAAUGAAAUUCCUACCCUGCUUAGGUUUUUUAAUGAGGGUAACCAGUCUGACCUUUACAAAUCAAACACCUUUAUCUAUUCCUCGGGAUCGUUCCUGACCACCUCAACCAAUGACGAGGAAUUUCAUAUUAUUAUCCACGCUCACACUUUGGACCGUCAUCCAGGGAAUGAAGAAGACUCCGAAAUAUAUUUCAUGCACUGUCCCGAAGCUGCUCAGCCUACGGUGACGUUCCUUGGUGUUGUUCUUAAGCGUGGUGGUCAACUAAACGGCGGGCCAAUUCUUCUUCACUACCGUCUCCAGACUACUGUCUACAAUAGUUCCUCUCGAACCUAUCAUACCUUCCCAGUCACCGCGUACUUCAAAAAUGGUCAGCGAUGGGCGAACUUUCCACCACUGACCACAAAUUCCUAUGUCUUCUUGACAGGUCGCAUUUUCGGUCUCACGAAAGAAUAUCGCCAAUUGGCUAUCGUCACGGAUGAUAUACAUUUUCUCCCAAGACCAAAUCAUCAUUUACCGGUCACCCCUUCCUCAACUGGGAAACGGAAGUGUGUAGACCGUUGGUCUCAAAGGGCUGGUUCUCAAACCCCAACUAAAUCCACCGCAAGUUCGCGAACUGAACCACUUCCUAUCACCCGUCCGCGAUUAUAUUCCCCUGAAGUAGUUCCUCUUGAUAAUGAGGAUGAGGACACCACACAAAUUACAUGGCCAGCAACCACGGACGAAAACGAGCCCUCGCCACCGGCUACAACACCACCUCCAGAGAGGCGUUCUCGAAGACAACGUAAAAAAUCAUACACCGAUGUGCUUGCACAACCGGAUUAUAAUGGCUGA